AAACAGUAUAGAGGAGGAUUUGCGUGGCAGCGUAAGAAUUGAGAAGGAAAGAGAGAGAGAGAGAGAGAUGAAGCCCUCGCCGACAUACUUCGGAGAUUUCGACGACCACGGCUCGACGGUGGCUAUGGACGUCGACGAUGCCGACCCGCUCGAGAUGUUGGCGGAUGGAGUCAUCAAUAUUGACAACAAGCUUGCCGAUUCUGAUUUCUUCAACGCCUUCGAUGAUGAUUUUGAUGAUUCCGACAUCAACUGAUCUACUGUAACUGGAAAAUAUUUUCCAAUCAGUCGUUUUAGGGUUUGU